AUGGCCACCGCCACCUCCCCGCUCCUCUCCCUCUCUUCCCUCUCGGCCUCCCUCCCCUCCCCUUCCCGGGCACCCGCCUCCCUCUCCCUCCGCGCCCUCGCCCCACAGGCCCGCCUGUCGACCUCCUACGCCGCCUUCCCCAUCGGUGGGUUCGGAGCCUCGGCGUCGACCGGAAGGUUUAGGAGGAGGGGGCUGCAGGUGGUGUGCGCCGCCGAGCCGCCCAAGACUGGAAGGCAGGCGGACUCGGUCAAGAAGAGGGAGCGUCAGAAUGACAGACACCGCAUUCGCAACCAUGCACGCAAGGCCGAGAUGCGCACCCGGAUGAAGAAGGUUUUCAGAGCCCUUGAAAAGCUUAGGAAGAAAGCCGAUGCCCAACCUGAAGAAAUCAUUGAAAUAGAGAAAAUGAUCUCCGAGGCAUACAAAGCCAUCGACAAGACAGUGAAGGUUGGCGCCAUGCACAGGAAUACUGGAGAUCAUCGCAAGUCCAGGCUUGCAAGGAGGAAGAAGGCCAUUGAGAUAAUCCGUGGUUGGUAUGUUCCGAAUGCUGAACCUGCUGCGGCUGCCUAG